AUGGUCUCUUUCUUGCUGUUGUUCGUCUUAUCCACCGUAGCUCUUGCUCAAUACGGAGGAUAUGGGCAAAGUGGUUCCAACGGUUACUCGCCAAGCUACUCAUCACCCACCUACUUAUACCCAUACUACAAUGACUAUCAUGAUGACUCGUCGAGCAGCUCUUCGAGUAGCAGUGAAGAGAAAUGCAGCGAGAGAAAAGUCGAAAAAGCAAAGUGUCCGAAGAAACUCCGCUCAGAUGGAACUCAUUGCAAGACACCAAAUACCAAAAGAGUUGAAAUGAACGAUAAGGAUUACUUGAAGGUGACUUGUAAUGGGAAAUCAAAUGAAUGGACGGCUCUUGUCACCGGGAAUGGGAAAGUGAUCACGGUGACUUCCGGCAAACUCGAACACGUGUUGGCCUGUUCGGAUAGAAAAGACAAAUGGAGAACUCGUACUUUUAAAGGCGAGAAGAUCUAUCUGAAUCACGUUUUCUGCGUAACUGGAGAGCUCGUCGACAAAUUCCUUGAGAAAAAAGGAGCACCAUCAGGUCCCCCAUCAACACCAAACCCAGGCACCCCAAGACUCGUCUUCGUUUUCCCGCAAUUCGCAGUCUCGCAACCUGACUCAAAUUGCCUCAGCUGUCAAACGAUGAAAGACUCAGCCACCGGUGUCCUCCAAGGCCUGGCUGAAUCGGGCGGAGAUGUCCCACCGGUCACUCUCUUUGUCUACGGCCUCAAUCAAACGGUCAGUGCAAUUGGACAAGAGCUACUCGGAGCUGGAGCUUGGUUGGCUGGCUUCCCGUGUGAUGGACCGAAGAAUACACAAGUGGACGAAGAAUUCGGCUUGAAACAGCUCAAGAGACAAACGCAAAUCCAAUCAAGCGACUCGUUGAUUUACUUUGCUCCUUGCGAAAAGAUCAAGAUUCCAUCCGACAAAAACGACGUCUCAAAGAAGUUCGCUUCUGUUGAAGCAUCGGUGAAAAUUGUGAUUCAAGCAAAGGACACUCACUCAUCGCUGUACAACACCGACAACACUCAAUUCGUCAAUGGAGACGAUGCGGCCACCAUUGCCCCGGAGAUCCUCAAAGAUUUGCAGAAG